AUGGCGUCAACGCCGGCCGGGCGUAUGCUGACCCGCCAACUGCAGCAGAUGCAGUCGGCUAAGGAUAUUCCGGGGAUCAGCUGUGGCCUGGUGGACAACAACAUCUUCGAGUGGGAGGUCAUGCUCAUGAUCUCGGAUGAGUGCAAGUACUAUGGCGGUGGUUUUUUCCGUGCCCGCCUCUCCUUCCCACCGGAGUACCCUCACAUGCCUCCCAAGAUGAAAUUUGAGACGCCCAUCUUUCACCCCAACAUCUAUCCUAACGGCGAAGUCUGCAUCUCGAUUCUUCACCCCCCGGAAGAAGACAAGUACGGCUAUGAGUCGGCUGCGGAGCGUUGGUCGCCAGUGCAGACGCCAGAGACUAUCCUUAUUUCCGUCAUCUCCAUGCUUUCCAGCCCCAACGAUGAGAGUCCUGCGAAUGUCGAAGCUGCCCGUCUGUGGCGAGAGGACCCUAAGGAAUUCAAGAGACGCGUGAGGAAAUCUAAGCUCCGGCAUCUUUCUUUAUGGUCACCUGUAGGUAGACCGGCUGGUAUGCUGCAAGAAUCCGGCCAAAAGGGGUAG